AUGAUGCAGCCACUACCCUCACCGCGGUAUUAUACCGAUCUCCCCAACAAUGACGACCACCACCACGAUGACGAAUUUGAUGUUUCAUCCCAAAACGCGCGCAGCGACAACUCCAGAGCUGCGCUCAUGAACGACGAUCAUGAGGAAAAGUCUUGGGCUAUUGAUACAGAGGGGCGACAACAUGCACAUGUUGCCACAUCAUGUCAAUGCCAGUCAAAUCAACCGAGAAAGAAGAGGAGAUGGAUGUGCAAGACUAUCAUGUCCGUCAGAUCACUUCUAGACACAGUCAUGCUGGUGGUGAUUCUGGUGUUGGUUGCUGAGAGGCGGUGGCCGGAAUAUUCCAUCCUGCCAGGGAAACAAAACAAUGAAGGGGCAAAGGGUGAAAUAGGGGGUGAUAUCACCGGGUUUGCGCCAUAUUUCUCUCAACAGAUAACAACCUUCCAACCCGACCCUCUUUUCGUCCCAGACAACAGCUCUGAUUUUUUCACCGAGGCCGUCAGGAAGAAGUGGCUGGGAAUCGUUCCUCGCGGACUCGGCUACGUGACUGUCAACAAAACCUCCUCCAACGGCCAAGAUUCAUUUGACAAUCUCCCGCACCCCCUGAAAGAGUAUCCAUCGUCAACCUUCACCACCUCGGUAACCCAUCAGAUCCACUGCCUUCACACCAUUGCCGGGGUGGUAGCAGCCUACGAGUCCAACAGAUUGGACAUGCUUCCAGAGGAGGGAGCGUGGCAUUUGAAUCAUUGUUUUGAUUACCUGAGACAGAGCAUAAUGUGCUGCGGUGAUGUUGCACUGGAGGGGCAGCACACAACGUUUCCAGAGGACUUUACAGGGAGCGAUGGCUGGGAUGCGAAGCAUGUUUGUCGGGAUUAUGGGGAAGUUUUGGAGUACUUGGAGGCAAACAGGGCCGAUGACCAGGUUUGGAUAUGAACGAUCAGAGACUAGGGCUGCACGUUGGCCGAGAACUCGAGGGUGAGAUGCAUUAAUUGGAGGCGUUUGGGCUACUAGGAUGGGCUGGCUUUUGAUUUAACGGCGUUCGGGCACUACCAUGAUGAUGGCAAUGAAGACCAAAUCCAAUCACG